AUGGACGUUUCCCACUCCCUCGUGGCCCAUGCCACGACACUGGCGGCCCGUUCGGGCAUGUCAGGUUCCACCAGCGAACGACCCCCCGCAUACAAAGCCGUCGGCAUCGCACUGGCCGUCUCGUCGGGCCUCUUCAUCGGGACGUCCUUCGUGCUGAAGAAGACCGGCCUCCUCAAAGCCAACGUCAAGUACAACGAAGAAGCCGGCGAAGGGUACGGCUACCUCAAGAACGUCUGGUGGUGGUCGGGGAUGAUCCUCAUGAUCGUGGGCGAGAUCUGUAACUUCGUGGCGUAUGCCUUCGUCGACGCGAUCCUGGUGACGCCGCUGGGCGCCCUCUCCGUCGUCAUCACCACCAUCCUGUCCGCCAUCUUCCUCAAGGAGCGCCUGAGCUUCGUCGGCAAGGUCGGCUGUUUCUCGUGCAUCAUCGGCUCCGUCGUCAUCGCGCUGAAUGCCCCCGAGCAGUCGUCCGUCAGCGACAUCCAGGACAUGAAACACUAUGUCAUCGCUCCGGGCUUUCUGUCGUAUGCCGGCGUCGUCGUCGUCGGGUGCGCGGCUACCGCGUUCUGGGCCGGGCCCCGGUGGGGCAAGAAGAGCAUGUUUGUCUACAUCAGCAUCUGCAGUAUGAUCGGCGGCUUGAGUGUCGUGGCCACGCAGGGUCUGGGGGCCGCCAUUCUGGCCCAGAUCAACGGCAAGUCGCAGUUCAAGGAGUGGUUUCUCUACGUGCUGUUGGUUUUCGUGAUUGCCACCUUGUUGACGGAGAUUAUUUACCUCAAUAAAGCACUGAAUCUCUUUAAUGCCGCCCUCGUCACCCCCACUUACUACGUCUUCUUCACCAGCGCCACGAUCGUCUCCUCCGCCAUUCUGUUCCAGGGUUUCAAAGGGUCUGGCAUGCAGAUCGCCACCGUCAUCCUGGGCUUCCUCCAGAUCUGUGCAGGGGUGGUCCUGCUGCAGCUCUCCAAAUCCGCCAAGGAUGUCCCCGAUGCGGCGGUCUUCAAAGGCGACCUGGAUCAGAUCCGCGAGGUCGUCGCCCAGGAGGAGCCCGAGACGGAGCCCAAGGCUGACUCGAUCCGCGGUGCCGCGGCCAUUAUUCGACAGGUGUCGACGGCACGGCGCCACACGGAAGAGGAGGAAGCCCGACGGUAUUUCCGAGACCGACGGGAGGACCAGCUCAAACCUCCCGCAGAGAACGAGAUCAUUGAAUGGGACGGGCUGCGACGACGCAAGACCGUCCUGGGCCAGGGACCGACCAUGGCCCGGCCGCACACGCCUGGUAUGGUGCCGAAAAGCCCACUUCCGCCCCUGGGCAUGUCGCGAUUUCCCGAGGAAGCGGAGGAGGAGGAGGAGGAGCAUGGGGUCGACCGUCGACCGAGCACUAGACAGAGUGAACGGUCCUUCUUCGAUGGUCUGCGAUCGCGAGCCUCGAGUCUCAUCCAUCCCGGGCAAUGGCAUCAGGUGCACAACCCGGAGGACCACGUGGACCCGGUGCACCUGACCGUGUCACCCGUGCAUGGGAACCGGCCGGUGGACACGAGCUAUCACUCGCGCGAAGUCUCCAGCCCCAGCGACAUGACGCGGUCGGUCGCCUGGGCUGACGAGACGCAUGGCGUGGAACCGCCGCCGUACGAGGCCAAACGCCAAUUCUCCUUCAACACAGUCUUCAGCCGGAUCAAGCCGAAGCACGAGGCCGAGCCGCCCCAAACCCCCCAGUCGCCGCGGGGCAUCCUGCGCCGCAGCCAUCUGAGCCCUGGCAGCGAGCGGCAGGCCAUGAAGGGCGCCGCCACGGAAGAGGAGCGGCUGGGUCUGGUGAAGGGCGAUUCCCGCGUCGCCGACGACGAGGACUCGGACCUGCACGAGAAGCUACAACACGUUGACACCUCAUCCAGUGACUCCAGCAUGCCCGGCCCGAACCCGUAUGAGUCUUAUGAUUAUGGCUACGGCUACGGAUACGGAUACGAUGUGCAAUCGUCGCCGACGGAGAUGACGCACAGCAGCUGGCACGUCCCCUCAACGCGGCCAGUGGCUGGAGACGGCCACGCAGGCCACGCAGGCCACGACACAGCAGCAGCAGCAGCAGUCACGCCCUCCUCAUCGCGGCCGCGCGGGAAUCCGCUCCCGCCGCUCCCCGACGAGCCGUCGCUCAUCACGGGCGGCGACUCGCACGUGCGCGUCGAGCUCCGUUCGCCGACGAGUCCUGGUGGGACGGACGGACGAGGCUGGCGACGACCGGCCGAGGAUGGCCGUGGGGCCGGAGGGGGAGGGGGAGGGGGAGGGGGGGGACAGGGGGCGUUUAUAUAA